AGCUGUGUCUCAAAAAAACAAAGCCAAACUGACAAACAAAAAAUUUAAAGAUACAUUCAUAAAAUUGUGACAAUUACAUCUGAAUGCUCAUUUUAUUUUUUGAAGUGUAUACUUUGAUAGAGGUUUACAGAUAAGUUUAUGGCAAGUGGUUAUCCAACUCAGUCAGGGAGGUGACUUUGUAAAGAUCAGUUUGUAGGUUAGUUCCCAGAGUUAAAAUAUGGACAUUUAUUGUUUCUAAUUUGAGUUAUUAAGUUGCAGAGGUAGAAUAGAUUGCUACUGUAGUACUGACUUGAGCUCUCUGAUUUUAGGUUCUUCAGAAGAUGAUGAGGUCAUUCAACCAGGUUUCAGCAGCCCCAGGAGGGGCAAGCAAAGGUGAAGAGCCAAAAAAGCUGCCUGAGCCGGCCGAGGAGGAGUCCCAGGUUCUGCACGGAACUGGCCACUGUAAGUGGUUCAAUGUGCGCAUGGGAUUUGGAUUCAUCUCCAUGAUAAACCGAGAGGGAGAUCCCUUGGAUAUUCCAGUGGAUGUAUUUGUACACCAAAGCAAACUAUUCAUGGAAGGAUUUAGGAGCUUGAAAGAAGGAGAGCCAGUGGAAUUUACAUUUAAAAAGUCACCCAAAGGCCUUGAAUCAAUAAGGGUAACAGGCCCAGGUGGGAGCCCCUGCUUAGGAAGUGAAAGAAGACCUAAAGGGAAGACACAGCAAAGAAGAAAACCAAAGGGAGAUAGGUGGAGACGGCAGGACUUACUGAUGGAUCAGAUGUGGACUGUGAGAGAAGAGGAGUCCAGGAUGAUUCCAAGAUGCUACAACUGUGGUGGCCUUGACCAUCAUGCUAAAGAAUGUAGUCUACCUCCUCAGCCAAAGAAGUGCCAUUACUGUCAGAGCAUCAUGCACAUGGUGGCAAACUGCCCACACAGAAAUGUCGCACAGCUGCCUGCCAGCUCUCAGGGAAGACAGGAGGCAGAAUCCCAACCGUGCACUUCUGCUUUGCCGAGAGAAGUGGGAGGGGCCCAUGGCUGCACAUCAACAUUUCCUCAGGAGGCGAGGUCAGAGCUGGCAGAGCUUUCAGACAGGUCACCCCAGGAAGUUUCUUCCGUGAAGGCACCAGAAGAGCAAAACAAAAAGGGGCCUUCAAUUCAAAAGCGGAAGAAAACCUAAUACUUGUCAACCUUCUCUUCACCGGGUUGGGAAGUCUACCUCACACAAGCACAGGGGAAUGGCAUUCCACAGAGAGCAGCUGACUAGGAUUCUAACUACUGCCAAGGAAGUGGGAAUUUUUAAUCAGAUAAAUCACUCUUAAGCAGAUUACAUUUAAGCGGGGUGUCAUGUUUUACAGACUUGAGAUACUAUAUAUAUAGUAUGUGUAUAAGUGAAAGGGAAGAUGUGAGUGCAUGUAUGUGUGAGGAUUUCACAUAGGAGUGCAGGCAAUACAUACAUAUAUGUAUGUAUAUGCCUGUCUUUAUACACGUAUGUAUGGAGAUAAAAGCACAUACUAUCCCACAGAUAAUUGAGCAUCUCCAAUCAUUGAACGUCCAUGUGAAACAUUUGAGAUGGUUUCAGAAUUAACCCUUGAAUUUUUUCCUAAAUACCACUUCUUUUAUAUUGUAAAAAGUAACAUCCUACUGUUACCUUUCAUGUGAACCAAAGCAUGCUUCAGAUGUCAGACUGCCAGUCAAAUGGUACUAAAGGGUUUGGGGCUACUUGGUGCCUCCCAAGUCUGGAUUCAUCACUGUGGCCUGGUGCUGAUGGAGUGUUUUGCUGUUGCUGUUAUUUGCCUUCUGUUUGAAGGUGGUAACUUAAUUCUAAUGCCUCUGACUGCCGUAAGCUUUUAAUUUUUGGAUACAUAACUCCAGAAAAAGACUAUGAAUGUGAAGUUUCUGGACUGAUAUUUCAGUAUCUUUUAUCCUGUUUUUUUUUAUGUAAUUUACAUGCCUAGUAAGAAGGGGAGGGUAAUGUAUAAAUAUGUGCUGUGACACUUUCCAGGAGUGUUUUGAUACCAGCCUUUUACAAGUGUCUGAUGUGUUUAAGGGGCUAUGGCAGCAUAAGCUUCCCUUGACUAAAUAGCUUCUGAGCCAUCACUGAGAACAGGAAGGUCUCCUUACUUACUACUGAAGCCUUAGAAGAAAACUCAUUAUUCAAGUAUAUUUUGGUGGCUGUUUUUAUUCCCCCCAUAGACUCCUCAGACUAUUUCUAAAACAAACAAAGCACCAUUGGAAUGAAGAAAAUAGUGGGGCUUAGAAUGAAAAUUAAGUAGAUGCUCACAAUUGCCUGACAGAUAUAGCCCGUGAUUGAUACUCAAAAGAAUAGUGUUUGGUAACAGGCAGCUAGAAUGACAAGCCUAGAGCUGAGUUACCAAGUCCCCUACUGCCAUGUAGCUAGAAAUACUUUCUAUGAUAACAUUGAUGCCAUGGCAGUUAUCUUGAGUAUAGAAGCUGACAUAACCUAGUUAUGGAUUCAGGGUGAGCAUUCAGGGCUAUUGAUGAGAAUCUUCUCAGAUGGGUUCUCAGUUUGCUCACAGAUAGUUUAGGGACUGAUCAGAGUAUAGGUCUGUUUUCCAUCAUGUUAAAAAAAUGGAUUUAGCCUGGUUCUAAAUGUGAUGAGAGCAAACUUUUGAAACAUCUCCAAGGUACCAAGAAUUGCAGUGCAUCAUUUUGGCAAUAAAUAUAAUUUUAUAUGGACCUGUUGGUAUAAGCUCAGAUAAUCAAACAAGAAAGCAUCCUGACUCAAAAGAGAUGCAAUCUACUGAGGAGUUCCUUCCUCCUGUGUGCCAGUCCUUUCCAGGUUAGCUUGAAUUUCUUGACAGUAUUUAUGAGAAUUUCCGUAGUGUUUUAUUGACGUAUCAUGUGCUGCAAUGCAGAGCUUACUGUUGACGAUAUUGAAUGUGAUGUAGCCAUAGAGAAGCACUGCCUUGCCUUACAUGAGGGUGGCAAGCUUAUGUAAAUUAUGUAGACAAAUCAAAAUGUCACCCGAGUAUAAUGAACAAAGGAACAGUUGUACAAGCAAAAUAUGGUAGGUCACUUUGAAAGUCAAACCAAAGUUCCUUGACUAUAGAAAUAGGAAAUUAAGGACUUGAAAAUUGGAAAUUCUGUUUACAUAUGAAAAUUCAGAGCUGAGAUCAUUUUUAAAACUAAAAAUAGAAAAUUCUGAAACACUUGAACUAUGAACCUUAUGGAUGCAGUUGGCAUUUUUCCGCAUCUGACCAGACUGAAUUACUAAGAGCACAUACCAAACCUAUCUUAUGGUUAAAAGUUGGGGUUUAUUUUUUAUAUGAAUAUAUUGUCACUAUUACAUGCUCAGGACAAAGAACUUUGCUCAGGGAACAUACAAUAUAAUGUUUUUACUGUUUCUUUACAGACUCGUCUAUAGUCCAGCUUAUUCCAAACAAGCCAAAUAAAUUAGGUCUUUCUGUACAUGCAUGUCCUUGUUGGUAACUACCUCUGAGUUUGACAUUGAUCAUAAUUCUGAAUAUCAGAUAUUGGUCCUCCUGUUUUUAUUUCAUGUGAAAAGUCUUGUAAAGCCAAACUCCUCCCCUCCUUGCAGAUGUGAAGUCUCUGAUAUGAGCACAUUGUUGAUUCACACGAGUGAAACACUCUGUUUACAGCGAACAGCUACCUCCUAGCUACUACAUAGCACAACCUUGCUGCUGCUGCAGCCUUGUAAGCUGCUGCUCAUUCUGUGGUACAGACACUUUAAUCUGUAGCAUAGAUGGUUUCCAGAAAUGCCUGCGAAUAAUAGGACCUCUCAUGUUAGAGAGCAGUCUCCAAGCAUUUCCUCAGAGUUAUCAUGUAUUGAGUUUAGGGAAGAUAGGCACUCUUUAUCCUAAGCAAACAACACAGAAACAAUCUCAAAAAUAGCUCUGUAGCCCAGGGCUGGGGGCAGGAGGGCUAACAGAAGCAAAAGUGGUGUCUGUGCUUUGCUGACAAGUGGUAUUAAAUAUUCCUACCCCUGCACUGUCCUGAGGAAAGCACACUGCAGCAUACAAGCCCCAGGCAUGUAACUAGCCAGUGCCAGCCUGCCAUGGAGGGACUUAAAGUGUGGUGCCACUCUGAGCCAGGAGGGAAAGGGGUCUGUGGAGCACCAUUUUUUCAGAGGUUCCUAAUAGUGGGGUGAGGGUCUAUGAAUUGAGCCACCUCUUGACCUUCCGCUCAUAUCAACACAGAUGUAAUUCCUAAAAAGGAUGCUCUACCAGUCUUUUAGCAUGUGAACUAUUCAUUGUCUACACAGCAGGUCAUAGUGGAGACAUUUUUAUACUUGCAUUUCUAGUAUUUGGAUGUAUUUUUACAAAUGAAAGAUUUAGGAGGAUUUUUAAUCUGCUUAUAACUUAGAAACUUUCGUGUGCAACCUAAAGGAAAAGAUAAAAGACAUCGCGUUAUUAGCAUCAGUCCACCUCCCAAAUAUUGGAUGGUUUUUAUUCCAAUUAUUUUUAUACUCUGGCUCAGAUUUAGUUUGCACCAGUGCACGCCUGAGUUGCUGCUGGGUGUAUGUAGUUUGUGAAUAGAAGCCCCAAAGUGUUAAUAGACUUUGUAACAUUCACUGUAAGAUGAAUUAGUCAGGAUGUGGGGAAUCUCAUUAAGUCUUAAAGUUAAUUUAAAUUAAUUUAUCUGUUUUCUCUAAGAAAUGUUUAUCUUAAAAUAUAUAUGUAAUUCACCUUUGUGGUAAAACCUAGGAAAUUCUGUUCAAGUGCAGCUGCACCGACUUUAAUUUUCUAGAUGUCUUGAUGAGAUUUCUUUGUCUUAGAGAAAGAACAACUUGUUGAGAGCAUCCAGUUCUGUCUUACACAGUCAACAGCCUCUUGAGAUGUGCCUGUGUGUGCUGUGACCUAGUUGUUCAGUUAGAGUGAGAGGGUGUGGAUCUUAUGCUUGGAACAAAGUACUGUACUGUGAGAAAGUAUUACAAUACUUAAUACACCUGUGGCUUACCGCUUAUCAGUAAGUUCCCAGCUUGAAAAUGAUGCUGUUGACUACCUCUUCUAUGUUUAUCAACCACAGGUACCCACCAUCAAGCUGGCUUUAAUUCAUAUGUGUUGAUUUUGUGGCGAUAACAACUCUAGCCAUAUAAAGACCAAAGUGAACCCUGAUUUCUAUGUCUUUAAUACAGUGUUUUAUCUAGUAAUUUGAAAUUAUCUUGUAGUGCUUAGAAUACCUGAUAGUCCAUUUUGAUUCAUGUUGUUUACAAGUGAAAAAUCUUGAAAAUACACUUGAACUGUGAUUACAAAGAACAAAAGAGGAGUUGAUAUUAGAAUGUCACCUCAAUGGACUGCUCUGCAGACAUGAGCUUAGUAUUGGCUUUUCAUGCCAGAUGUCUUACUCUGUUAGCUAUUGAUGUUUUGAGGUUUAAAAUUACAUGAUAGAAAAUAAAAGAUAUAAUGCAUUUA